AUUAUUUUGUUUAUAUUGUCUGACUUGCACGGAAACUUUGAUGUCGUUGCUUUUCAUGUGGGUAGACAGAAUUGGAAACGAGUGGAAAUUGGCACUUGUAUUCCUUUCCGAGGGAGGGCCAUGAUUGUAGGCAAGACUAUCUAUGCCUUACAUAUGUUUCAGACAGAGGCGAUCAUAGCAUACUCCUUGGAGAUGAAAGAAGAUGAUGACGGUGAUAUUGCAUAUUCACUAGUCCAGCUAUGUAAAUUGAACGGCCUUGAGAUUGCGGAUCCGCCAUUGGAAUUUGAUGAACUUGUGACUGACUAUUUGGUUCAUCUGGGGAACCAAGACUUUGUUCAUGUUAAGACUGCCACUAACGAAGAAUGUGAUGACGUUCAACAUCUUUGUAUCACCACGUUUCAAAUUGUUCAAGAAGGAAGAAGACAUAUGAUCGAGACCUUACAUUCAAUUGUUCUUCCUGUGAAAAUCGAGGAUUGUAAUUGGUUCUUGCUUACGUUCGGCUUUACUCCAGAGUGCAGGGAUUAUGAACCCGUAGAAGGGAAGAGUGCAGCAAGCGUGAAGCAGCCAAAACAAGAAGAUGAAACCACUUUGGAUGAGAAUUCUUUGAUUCACGAGAAAGAAGUCAAACAUGAAAUAGCCUUCAUGCAGCAUGAAAAAGCCAGCCAGAAUAAUCACAAGGACGCAAACGGAAUAAUUGAAAACAAAAGACAAAAAGACAAAAAGAAAAUGCUUUUGAAAGGAGGGAUUACAGGUAGUAGAAAACAAGCUGUGAUGUAAGUACCUGAGGAGCAGAGCAGGGCAAAGUCUUUGACAAUAGAUAUUAUUGAGGCAUUUUACUGCCAUCUAGGCCCUUAUUGGCUGUUAUCUUU